UAUCUCUCUCUCUCUCUCUCUCUCUGGUCGACCGUUACACUGCACGGUGACUGCAGUUAGAAAUGAGCCUGAGGAUUUAUGCAUACUCUUGCUCUGCUCUGUGUGAGCCAGGCAGUGACAGUCGUGGUGCGCAACUUACCAGCUGGCACCAGGGAGGACCAGCUGAGAGUCAUGUGCGAAGGACUUGGGGAGGUGGUGGAUGUGGACAUUCCCGCCAGGACCGCUCGCUUCGACAAGUUUAUCUACGGAUUUGUGAGGUUCGCCGAUUUAGAGACAGCCCACAUUGCAGUGAGGGAACUUCACGGCAAGACAGUGGGCACCCGCAACAUCAGCGCCAAGAUAGCUCGUAGUCACUGGCGGAACAGUAAUGAAGACACAAGUAAGAGCAAGAUCCUUCCGUUGCUUUUUCCUUUUUAAUUUGUGACAUCACCAAUAAACUAAACAGUCAGUCUUUCUCAGGUUCUACUUCUGUACUAUUCUUGUGGUAGUAGUAGUUGUAGUAAUAGUAGUAGUAGUGGUGGUGGUGGUAGUAGUGGUAGUGGUAGAAGUAGUAGUAGUAGUAGUGAUAGUAGUAGU